UACGUUCGAUUUGUCGUCAGGCCACGUCCACUAUAAAUACCGGCGGCUCGCAACACAUCGCUGAUAAAAGGCGAGAUUUUUGGUGGAAAGUGUGCGUUUGAUUAAACAAAGAAGAGGAAAGACAAAAUCUUGCAAACGAACAUCGCAAAAAACACGCGCAUGACUGACUUAGAGUUCAUUUAAGGUAUUUUAGGAAGAUCUUUUUCGAUUGCAUUAAUCCUGCUUUCUGCAGUUACAUUUUUCUAUUCUUUUCGUGAAACUCGAUACGCUAUAAAAUAAAGCAACGAACCCUCAACGCAAGAGCUACUUCUAGCUCUAGUUGAAUACUUCGUCGAAGCAAACUAUCGCUUGCCACCUUUUGGAAGAAAGGAAACUAAGAGUUAUAUCCACUGGACAUCAUGACGACGUCGAAAGCGAUGCUGACAGGCAAAAGGCCGAACUUGACGAGCUUGUGGUCAUGGUGUCUUGUUGUCCUCACAAUUCUUGCAGCCUGCAACGUUGGUUUUUCAGAAGCACAGCGGUAUAACAGGAUAUUUGGACCUAUGCUGGGUAAAAGGACACAAACAGAAUCAGCUGGAGAAGAAGUCUUUGAUUUUAAUGUGCCAGAUGACUCGCAAAAGACUGAGACGAGUGCGUUUGAUUUUGCAAAAUCGACAACAUGUCGGUUGGAUUCUCUCUUCAUGCAACUGACACCCGAAUGGCAACAGAUGAUUAUGAAGAUGAUGCGACAAGCACGCUACAAGAGCUAAGGAACAGUCGUCAAUGUUUAAACAAAAACUCGAAAAAGGGACACAGGGGAAAUCAUCAACAACUCACGGGAGAAAUCAAAAUGGCGCACACGAGCUACUUCAAACUGCCUCCGUAUCCCUCUCAGAUCAUCCAAUGUUAACCCCGCUAUUCAAAACGUGUAGAUAGAGGGCAAGAACUGUCGUCUGGUGACCUUUUUAUGAAUGUAAACUAGUUUUAAUUCGGUUGUUUGAACGACAGUUGUGAUGAUGCUAGAAUAGAUGACGUCAUCACAGAGCCCUUUCAUAAAGCUUUCAAAAGGUUAAAAAGUCUAUUAACUUUUGUUGUUGUUGUUAGUGCUUGAUUCUCAUUCUUGUUAGCCUUAUGCUAAGGAGUUAGAAAUGGUUGGUAUAAUUGGUUUCAAGUUUAACACUGCAGUACUAUAAGUGUAUGAAUAUAUAAAUAGAUUUUAGGCCUAACGGAAGUCUUGUAAUUUGAGUUUUAUAAUUACAUUUAUUCGCUUUGAGAUUUACCAAUGAUGUAUAUAGGCCUGCUCUUUCCAACCCCUCUCCAUGCAAGCCCUCUCCCAUCGAGAGAAAAGGUGAUAAGAAAUUGAUAGAUGUGAAAAGCAUUGAAUCUUCACUUGUGAAUAAGAAUUAUUUAUUGUCGGUCUGUCUCAUUUCUUGGUUGAACACUUCGUAAAGUUCGUUGAUAUUAAACACUUCUGAGUGUGCGACUCUGGUAUCAUAACCACCCUAAUAUACCCGUAUAUACACCCUAAUUGGACAAAGCAAAAAACGUACAAUUUUCUGUUAAUAGUGUGUUCUCUUUAGAAAACUAAUACCGAGAUACUUCAGAUUCUGCUGGGAGUCUUUAACGUCGGCAUCGUAGAGAGUGUGAUGUCGUAUAGCUGUGGAAGAAAUGUGAUCACAUGAUAGUGUCCAAUUUGCAAUUCAUGAACCCCUGAGAAAAGAAGGCAAACAUAGGAUGAGUGGUUAACCCCUCCCGAACUCUGUCCAGUUUUGGAGUGAUGUGAAGUGUAACCCUAUCCCAGAUUUCCCUAUAAAUCGAUGGCAUAAGUAUCCAAUGUGGAGUUGGACUAAGUAGUAACAAUCAAGCCUUCUUUCCCUCCCAUUUUAAUCCAGUGAAUGUCUACGUUUUCUUCUUUUCUUUGUUCAUAAUAAUCCAUUUACUGUCCCAGACGAUACAAAAGUAAAACAUGUAUACAUUUUGAAAGGAAAUGAGAUUUGGCAAACAUUCAGUUUCUUCCAUUUUCAGACAAAAUAAGGAAAGCUCCUAGUCUCCUUAACUAUGAAUAUUCGGUUUAAGCUCUCUUAUUUUCCAGCUUGAUGUACAUUCCCUUUUUUUGGCAUUACAAAUACCUGAAAUAGCUCGUGUGACAAGUUGCUGUAUUGUAUUUCAUUAUAAAAUGAAAAAAAAAGACUUAUUAAGAACGAUAUAUAAUAUGUUCAGAAAGAAAAAAAGGCAAGACUAGAAAAAGUAAGUUGUUAAGUUUGUUUCAUAAUGUCGUGAUUUCGCUUAUAACUUUUGGCUUGAAGAAGAAUUAUAAGUGUCAAUUAAUACUGGAUGUGUAAACUGCUUCUUUCAUGGAUACAAAGAUAUCAAUAUCUGAGAUGAUUAACCGCUUCUAAGUCUGUAUAUUAGAGACUCGUAACGAAUGCAAAUUAUAUAAGAAUACGAUAUUAUUUGAGUGAACUUAAAUUUGAAACAUUUCGUGUAUUCGUUCUAACAAGAUUGAGGAAAUUGUAAUUCCAUUAAUUAAACCGGUUAAUGACUUGAAUUGGUAUUCGUUUCGCGUGUAAUUUUAUUCUUGAAUGUAUAGUAUUUUUAUGUGGAGAAAAAUAUUAAUGUAUUACAUUGUGGAUAAACGCUCAAUGCCAUACAUUAUUUUCGAGGUUCAAUGUAAUAUUUUUCAGCCUCGAUCUCACCUUGAUAUUAAAAGAGAACAAUAAAUUUAUCUGAAAACUUAGAGAAUUUAAUGAAUCCAUGACUUCAUCAUGAAUGUACAGAAUAGGAGGGUCGAACAUUAUUUGUCCAUAAAGUUGUUUCCAAUAAGUACAGACUUCUUUCGUUUGUCAAAUAAUUUUGUUUUAAAGAAUUAUAGGAACCACAUGAUGUUUAUAAUUAUAGAUUGGUGCUAGAAUGUGCUAACCUACUCUGUUGUAUAAUUGUAUUUCGUUUUUAGUUUUGAUCUACAAGAUAAAAACUAUAAUCAAGAUAAUGUUGUUUUAUUCGUGAAACAAAGAGAAGAUUGAGACUUAAAUUCCUCCUAAUUUAGAUUUGUGUCAUUCUAAAUAUUAAUAUUCGAUAAAAACAUUUGCUCGUGUAAUGGACAAUUGGAAAUAUUUCAAGGUGAAUUAAUUAACAAUAUUAGUAAAUUAUUUAAUUCUAUACCAUUAAUAUUCUUUUGAUGUAGUAACAUUGUUAAAAUACAUUUAUAGUUAGAUGCUACCAUUGGAGCUCGUCGAUGUAAGCCUAAAGAGUACCAAUAGGCUUAAAUUAGAAAGUUCGAUUGAUAUUUUUCUCUCUAAAAUCAGUUAUUGCAAAGCUUGUCGUUACUCCCGUCCUGAAAAUAUGAAAAAGUUGGACAAUUGAAAUAAAAUUUAAAAAACUAUCACAACUUGAAGAGUGUAUGUCUUUCUCAUAAUAAUUAUUUGUAUAUUGUGCAUUUCCAAAUGAAGAACUAGGUGUUGAAAUCAUCCUAGUCUAUAAUAUAUUCACUUUGUUUACAAUUAAGAUCAAGUAGUCUCAUAAACAAGGCUCAUUCAGUUUAAAGAAUAUUUGACUGCUUUACACAAAACGACAGUUUAUCGCUAAAGCGCUUAUUUCGCUGAAAGUUAUGUACUACAAAUAAUACUGUAAUACGAUGAAUUCAGAUAAAUAAAAUUAAUUUCAUGGG